GCGGAAGCGCAGCACCGCUGUCCGGCUGCCGGUCUCGUACUCCACCUCGCAGUCGCCGCCGUUGGACUUCUUGCUCUGGAAGUAUUUCACCAGCUUGUUUUUGAGUCUCGGUUUGUUGUUUUCUUCGAGCUCGACGCGCAGAGCAUACAAGUACGCGUCCGCCAUCGUCGCUGUCCCGACACCCUUUGCCCUGCUUUACUUUCACUUUUGUUUAUCAGGAAAUGAAAUGGGACUUCUUGUUACGUGUGUGUGUGUGUGUGUGUGUGUGCGUGUGUGCGUGUCGAGUGUAGCCAUGAAGCGUUGACGUAGAAGUGUGUGUGUGCUGCAGACCAGAAGACAGGGCGCAGGUAGGCUACUGUCCAGUGGAAAUGUGAAAGGAGCUUCACGAACACCCCGCCACGGAAUUUGUUGUGGAGUACAACCCAACAGACGUUUCGCUUUCGGCUUUACUCGGUGCUUUCCGCUCUGUUGAAAAACCAUGGCCAGUAAAUUAGAUAUUCCUCUUCAUGGGACUUCGCUGAACAUUGUGAGGCGAUGUGGCUCUCGUCUGAGUGCGGUCGUUGAAAGCAAGUUUGGCUGCAAGGCCACCAUCGAGGGUGUGGAUUUUGAAAGAGAUCUGCGUGGUGCACAACAGAGGAGUCAGGCCGCCCCGGAACAAAGGUUUACCACUACUCUGCAGAGAGGCGUUCAGGUUUCUGUGUGGAAAGCUGAUCUCACCGAUUUUCAGGCAGAUGCUGUUGUGAAUGCCGCAAAUGAACGUCUUCAGCACUACGGCGGCCUUGCUAAAGCUCUGUCCAUCGCCGGUGGUCCGCAAAUCCGGAGAGAGAGUGAAGAUUACAUUGCGAGGUGGGGUGCCUUGAAAACCGGAGAUGCGAUUGUCCUUGGCGCCGGGUCCCUACGCUGCAUGAAGAUUAUUCAUGCUGUGGGCCCACACCUGUCCACAAAUUACUCGCAGUCUGAUUUUCAGGAGGCUGAACGGCUGUUGCAGAAGGUCAUCGGGAGCAUUCUUGACAAAGUUAAGGAAAGUCACCUGCAGUCUGUGGCCAUUCCUGCCAUAAGCUCUGGUCUGUUCAACUACCCUCUACCAGAGUGUGCAAAAACCAUAGUGUCGAGUGUGAGACGCUACUAUGAAAACGCUUCAUUUCAAGGACAUCUCCCUAAAGAGAUCCUCCUUGUGAACCACGACGAGCCUUCGGUAGCAGAAAUGGAGCGGGCCUGCCGUCAGAUAUUAGCCAGCGGAAAAAGCAGCGCUGACGCCAAAACCUCAGCGCCUCCUGUCCAGCCUGGAAAGGUCCACCUGACAGUGAAGAAGGGUUACAUUGAGGAACAGCAGACAGAUGUCAUUGUAAACACCACAUCCUUUCAGCGAAGCUUGAAUGUUGGUCAAAUCUCCAGAGCUUUAUUGUCCAAAGCCGGUCACAGAAUGCAACAGGACAUCAUGGGUGCCUCUAUUAAAGGACAUAUCUUCGUCACAAAAGGCUACGGUCUGCGAUGUAAAGAGGUGUUUCAUACCUGUUGCACCGUAAAGGGAAGAGACUCAGCGUCCGAGAUUCUUUUCAACUCGGUACUGGAAUGCUUGUCGAUGGCAGCUGUAAAUAAGCACAAGUCGAUCUCCUUUCCUGCCAUCGGCACCGGAGAGCUUGGGUUCAAUAACAAUGAAUCUGCCCAGCUCAUGUCACGGGCAGUGGCAGACUUCACCAGGAAUUAUCACGACAAGAUGGACGUUUAUUUUGUCAUAUUUCCUUCAGACCACACCAAAUUUAAGGCUUUUGAGGAACAAAUGACAUCUGUCCAGCAAACGGCACCUCAUCCCGACUUUACACAAGAAACUGAGCACAGAGUUGGCGUCCGCGGCAGCAGCAGCAGCAGAGCUCCCACGCCCCAGAUCAGCCUGAGCAGCCUCUCCAAUGAAACAACGCGCGAGGCCGAGCAGUGGCUCACCGGCCUUCUCUUCAGAUCCUCCGGCUCUGUCGUCAUCUACAACAACUUCGUCCAGCACUUUGGCGAGCGGGAACAUCUGCAGCUGUCCCGUCUUCUCCAAACGGGCCUGUUCAUCGAGGAGUUUUUCGAGAGCGGCCGCGCAGGCCUGAUCGUAAGCGGGGAGUCGGACGAGGACAUCGUAGUUGCCGGGUUGCAGGUGGAGGCCAUGCUAUGCAACAUCCAGAGUGAGUUUGCCACCGAGGAAGAGCGCGUCAUACUCACGUUGACGAAGAAGAAUCUGUCCUUUGAAAGGAAGCUGGUUGACGACAUGGGCCCAGAGUUCUUGGAAACAUCGUUGGACUUUGAAAAACACAGGCUGCGCGUAUUGAAGAUUGACAAAGUGGAGAACCCUACACUUAAGAUUCUCUUCGAGCUCAAGAGAAACCAGCUAAGCCGCACCGCUCCUUCCCGAAAAAUGCUUCAACGCAUACCUGCACACUUCUGUGAGAUGGUCAACCAUAUUGGAUUCCAUGCCGAGUACGCGCCACCCGAUGAGCCAGCGUUUGGAGAGGGCAUCUACUUUGCUGGCAAUAUGAAGACAGCCUUGGAAGUGUGGAAGGUGCAGAAGGAGGAAAAGGAGGAGUAUCUGUACUUCGUGGAGGCCGAGGUGCUGACGGGAAACUCCACCCGUGGUGAGCCAGGUCUGAUUCUGCCCCCUGCUGUGGGGAAAGAUCCACUCGUCAUGUACGACAGUGUGAACGGAGGACCUGAUGUCGCCGUCAUAUUUAGUGGUUACCAAGCUCUGCCCAGGUACGUUAUCACCUGUAAGAUGGUCUGAAGAGAGAUGCCUUCAGUGUCUUUCUGGCUUCUGUUGUGUGGAACCGAUACCAAUGUAAGAGUGGGAAGUUGGAUUCUUCUGGAACACACCGAAGUGCAUAAUACAUUUGCUAUAAGUGUCACAAAGGUAAUGGAGACAAUAACUACAAUAUCAGCAUAUAUUCAGCUUAAGAAAGACAUGCCAUUUGCUUUGAGUUUCCUAAUUUUUUUCAAUACAAGUUUCUUAUGGGUGAUUAACAUAUUUUAUAUUUUACAUUGUAGUACAAUCAGUUAUAUAUCAAAGGCUCCACUUUAAAAAUGCCUCAAUAGCAUACUGUUAACAUUAGCUGAGGUCUUUGUUGAGAGAACAACAAAUUGUAUCGUGAUUGUAAACUGAUUUAAUUUAGUUUGGCGUAAGUUUAUAUCACUUCGUGCCUACAAUGUUUGUACACUAAUCUAGUUUGGAUGGCAGGUCUAGAGUUUGAUUACUGAAAUUAAAAUUAAACGAUGUACAAAAAAA